AUGGGCAACGCAGUCCCAGAACCGGAUCGCCAUAGAGCAAACAAUGUCCUCGAUGCUCAGCAGGCCCAAUCCACCAAGAUCGCGACGGAGGAAGACCGCCUCUUUUGUCACGGGUCGGAAGGAGUCGUUGUGCCACACGAAGGAGAUGAGCGCUUGUUCGAAAGCGUCGACGAAAGUGACGGGUGGGAUGUCGAACGAGAGCAAGUGGAUGACCCUCGAAGUGACAUACGAGUUGGCGUACAUCGCGCGAGCCCGUGGGGGAACACGUCGAUUCGCCGCUGCCUCCAGUCGAGCCUUUGCUCGGUUGAGUGUCGUGCUCCAGAAGAGCGAGAGAUUGCCGUCGAUGGAAACCGGAUAGCCAGCCCAAGUCAUGCACUCACCAGCGCGCACAGUAGCGAUCCCGCUAGCCCGCUCGUCCUGAGUCCAGCCCAAGCCGAGAGGGAGAGCAGUCGUCUUGGCCGUGUUCGAGCGUCCGUUUGUAGCCAAGCGCCAAUCGACGGCGAGACCAGUCAUGAGAUCGAGUGCUGCCGGUGA